AUGCAGGGGAACGGGCAGCAAGUGGCACCGGGGAAGGGCCACGAGGACCACCUCGGCGGGAUCGGGGCGGCUGACGGCGGGCUGCAGGCGGCGGCCGUGCCAAUGCUGCCGGCCAUGGAGGUGGCAGAGGAGCCGGAGAAAGCUCCGAGUGGCAAGAGAAAGGAUCCCAACACCUACAAAGUGCUGUCUCUGGUACUCUGUGUCUGCAUGUUAACGACAAUCCUAGGAUGUAUAUUUGGCCUGAAGCCUAGCUGUUCAAAAGAUGUGAAAACCUGCAAAGGUCGUUGCUUUGAAAGGACCUUUGGAAGCUGCCGUUGUGAUAGAGAUUGUGUCAAGCUUGGAAACUGCUGCUUAGAUUACCAGGAAACAUGUAUACAACCAGCCCACAUAUGGACCUGCAAUAAAUUCAGAUGUGGGGAGAAGAGGCGACCAGAAUAUCACUGUUCCUGUUCAGAUGACUGUGAGGAAAAUAAAGAUUGCUGUAUCAAUUAUCAAGCUGUUUGUAAAGGAGAGGCAAGCUGGGUUGAAGAAGAGUGUGAGGACAUUACUGAACCUCAGUGUCCCAAAGGAUUUACCAAAUCUCCAUUGUUACUGUUUUCGUUGGAUGGCUUCAGAGCAGAAUAUUUGCAGACUUGGGGUGGACUUCUACCUGUUAUUAGCAAACUACAGAGAUGUGGAACAUACACCUCCAGUAUGAGACCAGUGUAUCCUUCAAAAACCUUUCCCAAUCAUUACUCCAUCGUCACAGGGCUGUAUCCUGAAUCUCAUGGUAUAAUCGAUAACAAGAUGUAUGACCCCAAAAGAAAUGCGUCUUUCACUCUAAGAAGCGAGGAGAAAUUUAAUCCACAGUGGUACCAAGGACAGCCUAUUUGGCUAACGGCUAUGUACCAAGGUCUGAAAGCGGGUACAUUCUUUUGGCCUGGGUCAGAUGUAGCAGUUAAUGGAAGUUUUCCAAACCUGUAUGAAAAAUACAAUAGCUCAAUCCCCUUUGAAGAAAGAGUGGUAACUGUUCUUCGCUGGCUGCAGUUACCUGAAGGUGAAAGACCACACUUUUACACUCUGUAUUUAGAAGAACCAGAUUCCUCAGGCCAUAAGUUUGGACCAGUGAGCAGUGGAGUCAUUAUGGCAUUACAGAGAGUGGACAGCAUAGUAGGAAUGCUGAUGGAUGGUCUCAAGCAACUGAACUUGCAUAAAUGCCUGAACAUUAUUUUUAUUUCAGAUCAUGGGAUGGAAGUAGGGAGCUGCAGAAAAACAGCAUAUCUGAACAGCUAUCUGGACAGUGUUCAGGAUUUCAUACUGGUACCUGGUCCUGCAGCUCGCCUAAGACCUAAUAAUGUUCCAGAUGAGUAUUUCUCUUUUAAUUAUGAAGGCAUUGUCAGAAACCUCACAUGCAUAGAACCAAAUCAGCCUUUCAAAGCUUAUAUGAAACAGCUGCUACCCAAGCGUUUCCAUUAUUCCUACAAUGACCGGAUUGAACCGUUGCACUUCUAUUUGGAUUCACAAUGGCAGCUUGCUAGGAAACCACUUGAGAUUAAAAGCUGCACAUCUGGAUUCCAUGGCUCAGACAAUCGCUUCCCCAGUAUGCAGGCUAUCUUUAUUGGAUUUGGACCAGGAUUCAAGUUUCGUACUCAAGUUGAUCCCUUUGAAAACAUUGAAGUAUAUAAUUUAAUGUGUGAUUUGCUUGACUUGAAAGCAGCCCCAAACAAUGGAACCCAUGGACGCCUGAACCAUCUUUUAAGGAACCCUGUUUACACUCCCCACCAUCCCAAAGAAACAAAUCAUCCUUCUGAAUGCUCUGUUGUGGGACAAAGAGCUUUUCCAGUGAGCCUUGGCUGCUUCUGCAAGGCAGGGGGCUUGCCAAUAAGGGAUUUUCACCAGCGUUUAAAUCUCACUGAAACAGAAGUUAAGAAGAUAGAGAAACUUAGUUUGCCCUAUGGACGGCCUAGGGUUCUGCAGAAGAAACAUAAUUACUGCCUCCUUUACCAUUACCACUAUGUGAAUGGGUACAGCAAGGACUACAGGAUGUCUCUGUGGAGUGCGUACACUAUUAACAAAGAUGACAAAUGGCUUCCUGCUACAGAAGUCACCUCCAACUGUUUACACAAGGAUGUUCGUGUUUCUUUUAAUCAUAACCAGACAUGUUUGUUUUACAACAAUCAUCCUCGUCUAACUUAUGGAUUCCUUUCUCCUCCAAAUUUUAUGACUGAUGAAGAGCAACCUCACUAUGAUGCCUUCCUUACCAGCAACAUUGUGCCAAUGUAUCCUGCAUUUAAAGUGUUAUGGAACUACUUUCACCAGAACCUGCUACCUGAAUAUGCUGCAGCCAGCGGUGGUGUCAAUGUAGUCAGUGGUCCUGUGUUUGAUUAUGACUCUGAUGGGCUCUAUGAUACCCCAGAAAAGGUGAAAAGACAUCCCAGUAAUUCAGAAGUUCCAGUUCCUACUCACUUCUUCAUUGUGCUGACUAGUUGUAAAAAUACUUCUGAAACUCCUCAGGACUGUGAAGGAUCUCUAGAUGCCUUGUCUUUCAUUGUACCUCACAGAGAAGACAACAGUGAAAGCUGUGCAGAUGGCAAAUCUGAGUCCACAUGGGUUGAAGAAAGAAUGAAGUUUCAUACAGCACGGAUCAGAGAUGUGGAGUUACUUACUGGACUCAGCUUCUAUCAAGACAGAAAACAGCCAGUGUCUGAGAUUUUACAGUUAAAAACGUUUUUACCAACUUUUGAAACUGUCUGAUUUUUUUUUUCCUAUGGAAUGUCACUGCCCAUUUCACCAACUGAUUUGUAAAUAGACUAUUUUUAAUUAAUGAAAAUGGUUUUUUUUAAAUAAGCUUACUGAAAACUCUUGACCAAAAUGCCAGUAGGGAGGAGAGUGGGUGCCAUAUUUGAAUCUCAGGGACUCCUGAUGGACUAAUGUAUGUAACACAGGAUGGCAGCUCCUGUCAUUCCCACUCAAAUGUGGUAGAACCAUGUUAACAGCAUUUGAUCAUCAUAGUCUGAGACAUGAACAAAAAUAUUAUCUUUUAUAUGUGUGGGAGAGCAAAAAGUUUAUAAAGCAUGGGUUAGGAUCAAUAUUCUGCUUUAAAAAUAUAGGUAACUAGCAAAUUCCCCAAGUUCUGGGAAAUAAUGAUGUUCUUGGUGACUGAAAUAUAAAAAACAGCUCACUACAAUGUUCCUUGAAGCAUGAAUUGUGCUUUGAGUUUCAUGAAAUAAUGCAGUGUUAUGGUGCAAGAAGCUGUACUGAGGUUGGUAAGACAGGUGACCGAAACUGUCCCCUCCAGGGAAAAGAGGCUUGGCUGAAGGAAGUGGGUUAGCUGGGACACCCUGGUGUGUGACUGCCCUCUGGUGUCACCAGCUCUGAAGGAGAGUUUCAUGUGCAAUUUGCAUGUCCUAAUAUCUAUCCUCAAAAUGAGGAAGUAUAGGGUGUAUCAGGUUGCCUGCAAAUCAGAAGAAAUUAGCUCAGGAGUGUCUCUGAGCUCCUGGAAAUAAUGAUCUUACUUCAAAUUACACUUAGAUUUGAUGAAAAGGUUUUGUUUUCUUGAAGCAAAGAUGACUUCCUCCGUUUAGUGUGUGACUUUGUCAGCUGUGGUUUUGGAAUCCCAUUUUUGACAAGAAAAGGUAAUUUUGCACUCAGAUUGUUGCCUCAGACUGCUGAGAUGAUCCCCUCUAAAUGGCACAUCCCAUGACUACAGCGAAUGCGCACAGGCCGUUCACUUGUCUGUUGGCAGCUGAUCCCAGCUGUGUUUGUAGCUGCUGUUAGUGCUGCAUCAUCCAAAGUCCAGCUCGUGUAAGUUGCCCACCUUGAAUGCAGAUGCUGCCAGAUGCAAAUUCUCAAGAAGCACGUAAUGAGCUUUCUUGGAAGCUUUCAGACUCCACGAGCAGCUGCUACAGGCACUCAGGAGUGUCGGAACUCCCUCCUUUUCCAGUACACAUGCUAUGUAUUGCCUUUGUAGUUCUUCCACUCUAAAGUCGAUGAGCCAAAAUUGGCUCUUAUGUAUAGUUUGGCAUAGUCAAUUAAACGUUUAUCUUCUCAUUUAAAAAGAAGAAAAUGCAUCAUGCAUAAGUGUGUGAGAAGAAUGAAGAGCCCGUGACUGAGCAGCAAGGUGUUUUAUCUUACAGUUUGGUCAGGGGGCGUCGGAGGCUGGAUUCAAAGCCUGCAGAAAUCUGAUGGAAGUUUAUCUGUUAACUUCAUUUUGAGUGGGCUGAAAUCCUGGGACCAAUUUAUGUUUUUUCUUUUAACCAAAUGUAUUUUAUUGAUCUUCCAUUACAAAGGUGAUUUUUAUUUUUUUUCCCCCUGAAGUAGUUUCACUGUGUGAAAUUUAAAUUUGUUGUAGCAACCUCACAUCAUGGUAUGACUGUGACAGCAUUAUUCCAUGUAACUGCUUUGUAACA